UUGGCAUAACACGUAAUCACGUGGGACCGCGAGAGGUCACGAGAGUGGGGGAACAACGGAAGUGUCAGUGAUGUAAACAUUGCCGAUAUGCAGCGGAAAGUUAUAUAUUGAGACAGAUCUCGCACAUAAACUUCAUAUAAGGAAGUGGAAAAUAGUUGGGUAAAAAAAAUGGCAACAGAAUCAAAUUUGACUCCCCCAGCUCCAUUAGAUCUGGGAAGAAUGGAAAUGGAGGCCAAAGAAACUGCUAAAAAACACAUAGCAAAUUUACUUCAGAGACCUGAGCAAUUGGAAAGAGUGGACCAAUAUAAAAGAAGAAUCUCUCGUAAAAAGGCUUCAGUUGACACAAUGUUGAAGACAGCUGUGCAGUCUCAGCUGGAUGGGGUGAGAACUGGUUUGAACCAGUUACAGAGUGCUCUUCAAGAUGUGUAUGAAAUCAAACAGAGACUAGGGGAGGUGGAUGAUGCAUAUAAAUCAAUCUCUCCUCUCCACACUAAGCUGAUGGACCUCAAAAAAGAAAACACCAGAUACUGCCAGCUUGCUUCAGCCAUGGAGAAUCUCAAACACAUCUUUACUGCCCCAGAAAUUGUCAGAAAAACGGAGGAGCUCAUCAACGAGGGAAAGCUGUUACAGGCUCACAAGCACCUAUCUGACUUGGAGCAGUCUCGAGAUGACUUGAUGUUUGAACUAUAUAAACAACCCCAGCAGAGUCCCACCGACAAUAAUACUCUGGAAAAGUAUUUCCGGGAUGUGAUCAACUUAUCUGAGCAGCUCGGCAAACAGCUGUGGGUAAUUAUACAGAGGACCCUGAUGUCUGUGAGGAGGGAGCCCACGCUUAUUGUGACAGCCCUCAGGAUCAUUGAAAGGGAAGAGAGAACUGAUGAAUUCUACUUGAAGAGGAAAGCCCAAACUGGAUUCAUUCCACCUGGUCGACCCAAAAAGUGGAGAGAGAAAUGUUUUAGCAUCCUAGAGGAGUCUAUUUGUUCCAGAAUUGAAGGGAAUCAGUUUGAAGAUCGAAGUAUAAACAAGAUGUGGCUUGUUCGUCAUUUGGAGGUUACUAGGCAACUGAUGUUGGAAGAUCUCAAAGUUGUUAAGCAAAUGUUACCACCGAUUUUUCCACCACAAUACAACAUUGUGAAGAAGUAUGUCCAGAUGUAUCAUAGAGCUUUGGCCAGUCACUUUCAAGAAAUGAUUCAACAAGGACUGGAAGGAAAUGAAAUUGUGACACUGUUGCAGUGGGUGGGAAUAUAUAAUUCCCCAGAACUAAUGAGACACCCGGCUUUGGACUUUGACACCAAAGAGUAUGGUCCGCUUCUGGAGAAUUCUGCUAUAGAUGAACUACAAAACCAAUACCUAAAGACCAUGAAGUUGAACAUUAUGGAAUGGACUAAAAAUUCUCUGACACAAGACCAAAAGGACUGGUACAAAGAGGAACAUCCGGAUGCAGAUGGAGAUGGAUACUACUCGACUUCACUUCCUGUCAUCAUAUUCCAGAUGAUGGAGCAAAAUCUUCAAGUGGCUCAGAUGAUUGGAGAAGACAUGGUGAAAAAAGUGAUUGAGCUUUUUACAGAUGAGCUCUCGCACUACGCUAAAGAAUACAAAGGUGCAAUCCAGAGCUAUCGUGAUAGACAUUUACAAGAUCGCAGUGAGCCAAAGUUUUAUCUUCACUACAUGAUUGCCAACACAAACAAUUGUAUAUCUUUUGGGGAGUAUAUGACUCAGCUCAGAAAGCGCUACUUUAAGGAGGAACUCGACAACAAAGAUGAGUUCUGUAUAAGGAAAGACCGCUUCCAGACCCUUACAGAUGAGUUUAACAGAAUUGGAAGCUUUGGUGCAAAUUGCAUACUGGAAGAAGUGUUUAUUGAUUUAAAGAACAUCAAGUGUUUUGAAGAACUGAUGACGAAACAAUGGCAGCAAAGUAGUCACCCAGUGGAGGUGAUAUGUGCCACAUGGAAUGACUACAGUGUGGAUUUUGUCCACUUGAAGCCAGUUUUCCACACAAUUGUGGUGGAGGAAGGGCAGAGAAAAGUGCUGCAAGAGUACCUUAAAGCGCUACUCUCCAAGAAACUUUCCUUCAAGACUUAUGAAGAGAGAAAGAUUGCAGCAGAAAAGAUUUGUAAGGAAUCGGAACAAAUGGGGGCCCUGUUUCACAAGUAUACAAACAAGACAGAACCAAUGCAAUUGCCCAUAACGGAAGACAUGUUCCAGGUUUUACCAAUGCUGGCCGAGGUUUUACGAUUGAGGGACUCUUCCAUGAUGUCUCUGGAACUUACAGGCCUGGUAACUAAGUACCCAGACAUGAGACCGGAGCAGCUGGUUAAUCUAUUAAUGUGUCGAGGCGAUCUCAGCCGAGCCGAUGCUAGACAGAUUGUGAGCGAUACUAUUGGAGAAGAUGAUCCUCAGAAAAAGCGACCACUGGGAAUUUUCACUGAAAUACCGAGCUAACUUUUUAAGUUUUAUCAAAUUCACUGAAAUACCGAGCUAACUUUUUAAGUUUUAUCAAAAACUGUUGAUAAAAAUAAUUAAAUGACAAGCCUUAAAGUAUUGCCAUGAACAGAAAAAAAGUCUCAUUUUGUAAUAUUCAUUUAACGGCUUGUGCUGAUUUUUCCUCUGAAAAAAGAUAAUUUUAUAUGAUUGUAUGUUACACAUUUGUUUUAAUUUCUUCAUUUCUAUGAAAAAGUAUUUACUGUAUGCUUAUUUGCAAACUGCGAUGUGCAAUAUGAAUAACCAAUAAAUAUUUAAAAAAAAAGACAAACAUACAAAGAGUCUACAGUAUACUUUU